GAUGCUACACAUGAGAAUCCGGCACAGAUUCAAAAAUCGCAUGGGAAUAUGGUAUUUAGUAAAACAUACGCGAUGAUCGUUAGAAAUGCUCUAAAUACUAAAAGUGGUCCGGUGGUGGCACGUGGUGGUUUAGAUAAUGCUCUUAAUGGUAUGUUUUCUGUGGCACAUUUAAGCGCGUUAUGCGGGUG